GGUAUUUAUAAAUAAGUUAAUUAAAUUUAUCACUAUAACUUCAAUGGUAUUGUGUGUUUAUUCAUACGAUGGAUGCGUAAAUUAUGGAGACACUGUAUGUUAAUAAUAUUAGAAAAAUUUACUAUUAUUUUUAAUUGCUUAGUUAUUUAUACACUAUGUUUUUUAGUGUGAUCCCAAUGAUGGAGUAACAUGUUGCGAUGAAAAGUCAACAUGUAAACAAACGAGCUCUAAUAAUUCGUUUGUGUGUAUAAACGAAGAAAAAUUCCUCAAAACAUGUAAUACUGAUGCCGAUUGUAAAAUGAUACAAUUCGCUGUAUGCUCAAGCGAUAAAAAAUGUACUUGUAAAAACGCUUUCACCGAAUUUGAUGAAACUAGGUGUACAACUAAAUUGGGUAAAAUUUGUUGUGACACUGAUAAUGAAUGUCCCAUCGAAUUUUCAGUUUGUAAACAAAAUAAAUGUCAGUGUAAACUUGGUUACUUGAAUGUCGCUGAUAAACAAUGUGUUCUAGUGGAAUCACCUUCUCGAUCUUGUUACAACAAUGAUCCUAAUUGUCGAUUAUUUACAAUUGCAAAGCUUCUACCAAAUAGACAGUAUGUUUGUACCGAGUAUAGGGCAAAAAUAAAUUCAACGGCAUGUACUGCAUCAUCAGGUGAAUCUUGCACAGAAAAAAAUCACUGUGUCUCAAAAUAUUCUGUUUGUAUCAAUAAUAAAUGUCAAUGUAAAUUUGAAUACGUAUCUCACUCCAGCAUUGAUUGUCCAUCACCGUACAUAGCUAUGCCGUGUCAGUAUGACUCAUAUUGCAGGAAAUUUAUCAAUCACUCGGUAUGCAGGAAAAAUAUAUGUGUUUGUAAUGACAACUAUUUAACGAUAGAUAAUCAAGUAUGUCUUCCGAAAUUAAAUGUAUUCUGUAGAAAUAAUAAAAAGUGCGCGGUGGAAAAUUCUGAUUGUAUUAAUAAUAGAUGUCAAUGUAAACUUCAUUAUGUUCACCGUGGAUUUAAAUGCGUAAGAAUGGACCAUUUAAAUAAUUGUUUAUCUCAUGAAGAUUGCAAUAAAAAAAAUUCAAACACACUAUCCGAUCUGUUAUACUCUUGUAAUGAUAAUUCAGAAUGCAGUGACCCGUGGCAUGCAAAUUGCUCAAAAAAUAAAAAAUGUGUUUGUAAUAUCAACAAUAUUGCUGUCAGCAAUACAACAUGCUUACCAAUUUUAGAUGGAUAUUGUUGGCAAGAUGAUCAGUGCAUGGUCGGAAAUUCUAUUUGUGAAGAUUUUCGUUACAAUGGAGUUAGUCAUGAUAGUUAUCAAAACAUGAUUGUCACUGGCAUAGAGUACUGGUAA